CAGCAUCGGCCAGCGGCGGCGGCAUGCGCAACAGCAGCAGCGGACUGCGGCCCGGGCCCUGCUGCGGUGGCCCGUAGCGCGCGCGCGCCGAGAGCACACCGCCUCCACCAUGGCAUCGCCCACCGACGGCAAGCGACCGCCGCACGAGGAGAUCACCUUCACGCCGCCCGACCACAGUCACUGCUACUGGUGGCUCCACCGGACGAGCUUGGAACGGGCGCUCACUGUCACGUGCGUGCUGCUGCUCGUGGUCACCGCGGUGCUUCUCGUCGUCCACCUCAUAGCCGCGUCGUCAGACGAACCUCGGUGGGAACUACCGCCGCCUUUAACCAGGAAUACCUGCUACAGUCCAGAAUGCAUCCGAGCGGCGGCGGCCAUCUUGGAGCGUGCCCAGAUGCACCGCGACCCGUGCGAGGACUUCGACGCGUUCGCGUGCGGCAACUUCGUCCACCAGCACUCGGCGCCGGACGACCACUACUACACCAACGUGCUCAUCAGCAUGCAGGACACCAUCUUCGUCCGGCUCAAGAAGCUUCUCGAAGAGCCAACCAGUCUUAACCGGACUUCGGCCGUGAGCAAAGUGAAAGCGCUGUACAACUCAUGCAUGAACACCAGCAGCGUGGAGGAAGGGUCGGUGGCCAAGCUGAAGGAGCUCCUCCGGGACGACUACCUCGGCUCGUGGCCCACACUGGAGAGGGGCUCCCGCCACAAGCCCAUGACGAGCACGUCGCUGGCGCUCGAGCGGCGGCUGGCGCUUUUGCGUGUGCACGGCGUCGAGCCAUUCUUCCAGCUCCACGUGGGCCAGGACGAGCGAAACACCUCUAUGCACGUCAUACAGAUAUUCAGCGGGUCCCCCGUGCUUCGAAGCGAGUACUACCUCAACGAGACCGACGACAAAUGUCGCGAGGCUCUCCGCCUCUACCGGGAAAUCCUGGCGCAGUCGGCCAGGCUUCUCGGUGCCAAGGACCCGGAGAGAGACGUCGAAGAAGUCAUCGACUUUGAAAUACAGUUUGCCAACGUAUCCCACUCCAGCGAAUUCGACGGAUCGGGGUCCAGCGGAGCAGGAUCCAAUGGCAGCGCGGCCAAUGACUCGUCCUCAAACUACGACUCGGGCAUGAUCAGCGUCACACUCGCAGAACUGCACGACAUGGCGCCAGAGUUGAAUUGGACCCAUCUCUUGCGAAUAGUCAUGGACUACGCGGGACUGCAACAGACCGACGAGUCAAGCAUCAACUUGACCAUCGAGAACGACAGCAACUACAUGCGCCGGCUCUUUGACCUGCUCAACAAGACCAGUCCCCGGACGCUGGCCAACUACCUGUCGUGGCGGUUCGUGAUGGCGUACAUGCCGUACCUGGACGUGCACUUCCGGCGGCUGUACCUGGACUUCCGGCGGCGAGUGCCGCGCCCCCACGAGGAGCGCACCUACCUCUCGCGCUGGAAGGAGUGCGUGCGCCUGCUCAGCGACAGCUUCAGCAUGCCCCUGGCGGCGCUGUUCGUGCGGCAGGACUUCGCCUCGUCGGCCACCGACAACCAGGUAGGAUUGCUGAUUGACGAGAUCAAGAAUGCCUACGUGGAAACCUUUCCGAGACAGAGUUUCCUCGAUGAAAAGACUAAGGAACUCUGUCGUGAGAAGGUAGCCGCUAUGGGACAAAAAGUGGGCUUCCCGAAGUUCAUCCUGGAUCCGGUUGAACUGGACAAAGAAUACCAUGACCUUGAAAUAGACGACGAUCACUUUCUCGUGAACAUUCUCAAGGUACGACGCUUUGAGUUUGCCAGAGAUUUCUCCAAGAUUACGAAGCCUGUCGAUAAGGAAAAGGAGUGGGCGACAAAUCCCCUGAUCGUAAACGCGUUCUAUGACAUCCGAGGCAACUACGCUAUUUACCCAGCCGGGAUCUUGCGUUCCCCCAUGCUCAUUCUCGACAGGCCACAGUACCUGAACUUUGGCACCAUAGGCGUCGUCAUUGGACACGAGAUUACCCACGGCUUUGCCGGUUUCGGCAAGAAAUUUGACAAGCAUGGGAAUUUCACCAACUGGUGGCCUGACGAUGCGCUGGAGCACCUUCGGCAACGUGCAAACUGCUUCGUCGAACAGUUCUCACAGUUUCCUCUUUGGAACUCCGGUCUUUACGUGAACGGUAACACGACGCUUGAAGAGAACAUCUGUGACUCGACAGCCGUGAAGCAAGCCUAUUACGCGUACAAGAGCUGGGCUGCGAAGCAUGGGCAAGAGCCGCGAUUGCCGGGCCUGGGUCUGACCAACGAACAAGUAUUCUUUGUUCAAUACGCCCAGAUCUGGUGCGAAGUCGUGAGUGAUGAAGGCUACAAGAAGUACGAGACUGAAACGCACAGUCCUGGCAAGUACAGGUCCAACGGUGCCUUGCAGAACUUCGACGAAUUCGCGAAGGCUUUUCAUUGCCCGCUCGGGAGCUACAUGAACCCGGAGAAGAAAUGCUCGCUCUGGGACUGAAGGCGCUCUCCCUCCUAACGAGGCCCAGGAGACGUACGACGUCUCUCACUCUCCCCUCCCCCCUCUCUUCCAACACUGGAACCGAAAACCUCAAAGCGCACCAUAUACGUACGUGCCCAGUGCGUGUGUGGAGACGCUUUUGUUUUUGUUGUUUUAUUUUGCUUUGUCUUCCUUCAAGUGACGUCUCCUCGAGUUUGUGACGUCGAACGGUGACGUCGCACCUUCUGGCUGUGACGCCGCGCCGACAGUACCGUCACCGUGCCAAUGCGGCCGGCGGGACAACGUCUACAAGUGCCCUACGAUGCACAUCCCUACUUGUAGUGAGAUGAACGUGGACCAAAGCUCGUUACUUUCUGUGCCGCCCGGGGUAGGAAAAAAGAAAGGUCCUAUCUCGUUAGCUUUGUUGGGCCUUACAAGCUGCAUGACGUUACUCCGUGUCAUUUCAGAGCAUUUACCAGGGUUCUUCACCUGUACCAGUUACGGAACAGCUUCCAGGCUCUAUGUUUCAGAAAACGGCAAGCCGAUGAACCCACAAGACCGACGAGUCUAGGAAAGCAACAUGCAUGCGAUAUUCACUGUGAACAAAGAAAGAAAGAAGCACGCAACGAUGGAACCUGUCAUUAACACAGAAUGGUUCUUAACUACGAGUUUUCAGAAAUUUGGCAUCUGGAGUGCUGGCUGUUGGGAAAUUUUAGCCAACAGAAAACGACGAGAACUAAGAAAGGCAAAAACAACUUCAAAAACGAUAUGAAACGGCAAUGCACUAUCAAAACAAGUCACAAUGGUGCCUGCUUAAUUGAGUCUAUUCAUGCGGGGCGAACGUUAACUCACUGCAAUUUGUCAAAUAGUGUAAAAGAAUUUCUCAGUGUAGUUUCGAAACUGGUACGCUUAAAGAACUCAGUGUCGCCCUGCGCUGCGGUCACCUGUUUUUCACAGCACCUGGUGCCACGUGUUUUAAUCCAUGGUUGUCAUGUUGAUAAGCGCGCCGGCAAAGCUAUAGUUUUGGCUUCACGCGAGCGUUGUUCCAGCACAGAAAAAAAAAAAGAGAUCGAAACUUUCUUACUAGGAACUAUCGUGGUGCGAAACAUUAUAUAGUGGCUCAUUAUUGCGCGUUUGCGAGUUGAGCGUUCUUGCUUCUAUUGUUCGGUUAGAUUAAGGUAGCGCUGCCUAUCCCUGGCCGUUCUGGCGCAUGAGGUGCAAGAAACGCUCAGCUUCUUUGGUCGAAACACGUUGUCAGUCCGAGAGCAGGAGCAGCUGUGGAGAGUGGCGAGCGGUGUCCAAUCAUUGCACCAAUGAGGGCGCUCCUCCGAGCUAGCUGCGCCUUUAACGCGUAAAGUAAGCGGAGCUUGUCGCGGCUGACGUGGCCUUCGUGUUCAGAGGACCGACAAAUUAUCGUAUAGUCGUGCGAUUAAUUUUAAAUUAACCGUUACUACACAUAUGAGACAGAUUGGCUAUCUUGAGACUCCUAAUUUUGCUUAUCACUUCACACUCCUCGCAAAACGAAACAAUUUAGUUUUAUUUUAAAUUUCUGUAAAUAACCGCUGCAUAUGUCCAUAUAAAGACAUUAUUAAAGGGACCCUCACCAGGCCCCAUAGCAAUUUUGGUUAUACGCUGGAAGUUGUUACACGUCCUCUAGGGAGCCUUCUGCCGCAAGAAUUUUUCAAAUCGUCUCAUUAAUAGCCGAGAUAGAAAUAUUUCAGUGCCGCGAACCCAUGAUUUCAGGUGGCGAGCUCCACUGCAUAGCGAGACUUUCUCUCUCCCCUCGCCCUGUCUAGCCUCCGCAAGCGAAAUUCCCUCCCUGCGUUCACCAAUGCCGGACCUCGAGAAUCGCGGGACACAUACGUAACGGGCUCCGCCUGCAGUCUCUGUUUCUUUCUUUUUUCUUUUUUUUUUUUUUGGCGAUGCGCAUUUCCGCUGGUGGCGUUGCGCGCGAGCUGUUAUGGUUUCGCGCAGCGCACGAUUUUGCCCGCUGUGCACAAGGACACAUGACUAGCGGUAUAAUUCAGUGCUACACGAAUAUUGAGGCAGAACAAGCGGGUCGAUGAGCAUGAUCACGCGUUGGAACACGGUAAAAAUGGCACAGUCGCGGUACCUGCGCACGUGACCGCAUGACUGCGGGAACAAGCAGACGAAGCGGAAGUGCAUCUCUCUUGCUUCGGUGCGAAGUGAAACAAAAAACAUGCAGACAUUCCGUUUGUGUGUUUUAUUAUUUCUCUAAACUUUAAUUCGUCAAUUCAAGCAACAGAUCACACAAAUAACAGAUGUGGCCUUGAAUAAUUCUCGAAGUCACGUGUCAGCACGAGCGACGCCACACUGCAGACACCAGUACGUAGGCGCAGGUACACGAGUACGUCAUCCUCCGGCUUGGAGUGCAGCGGCCGCGAGGAGGAGGAAAAACGCCGUUCGGUAUUUCAAAUCUUUCCGCGGCGCGUAGCGAUGUAAUACUUUGCAGACACGAUCGUUAUCGCGCAAUGUAUGCCCUGCGCUUUUCAGCGCAAAAUGGCCGGACCUGGUGAGGGGCCCUUUAAGUCUGGUUUAGGAUUAUAGCAUCAUUUUGCGGAUUUGUGAGCGGGAAUAUUUUUAAGGUGAACCAAAAAAUUUAAGAUGUCCUUGCUGAGAGCUUCCUAUGUAAUGCUUGGCAUUAAAAAAAAAAAGAAAGGGAGGCAAAUCGCGCAAACGUGAACCGCGCACUCAUUGUUCGCCAGCACGGCUAUGACCCAAACUGUAUCAAUGCACUGAUUAACGCGACUGCGUGCCCAUUUCAUUGCUUCAUCGUUGUUCCCACGUGUGGUUCUCAAACAGAUGUAAGAUGUUGACACUGGCUUGCACCACAAGCAUUGUACUUUCCGGAAAGGUGUUUUCAGACAGA